CUGCCACUGACGUCAAUCUAGCCAGAAGGACUUGUGACCCGUGGACUACAGUUUUUGGACUCUUUGGGGAAACUUGCUUUUUACGAUUUUCGGCUGAAAACCGUUUAUUUUUUUUUAUAUAGUCACUCCGCAGUCGCACUAACUCCUUCUGACAAGAUGCUGCUCCUUCUACUGGGAAUUGUCAUCCUGCAUGUCGCAGCCCUAGUCCUCCUGUUUGUGUCAACAAUUGUCAGCGCCUGGGCAACCGGGUCCACAAGCAGCUCAGACCUCUGGAAUAACUGCUCUACAACCAAUGGAGGAUACCACUGUGAGCCGGCCAACACUGGAGAGUGGAUCCAGGCAGUGCAGGCCCUGAUGAUCCUGUCCAUCAUCUUCAGCUUCAUCUCUCUCUUCCUGUUCUUCUGUCAGCUCUUCACCCUGCAGAAGGGAGGACGCUUCUUCGUCACCGGAGUCUUCCAGAUCCUCGCCAGUCUGUUUGUGAUGAGUGGAGCAGUGAUCUACACAGUGAUGAGUCCGCAGUGGGUGCCUGCAAUGGAGGCCUUCGGCUGGGCUUAUAUCCUGGCCUGGGUGGCCUUCCCUCUGGCCCUGAUCAGCGGACUCAUCUACGUCAUCUUGAGAAAACGGGAAUGAGGCCCGUGUCCCCUAACCUCCACCCCUCCCUCAGCAUUAACAAUCCCCCCUAGGAGACUAAACUCAGAAGCUUGAGGACCGGUAUACCUUACUGGGUCACAAGGCUGCUUCACCUAGGUCCGCACCGCAACCUAGGGGUAACACCAAAAACACAACCACCCAAAAUGACAUGAUGAAACAACCAAUACUGUCAGAUGUAUAUAGUAUCUAUGGUUUAAAACCUAUUUAUAACACGUUUUACAUAUAUGUACAUAGUAUUGUUGUGUUGCUCCAUUGACAAAAAUAUUCUUAUGCGCUUCGUUUUAGCUGAUAAAGUGCCUAAAUAUUUGUUUGUAAUUAUGAAAUAAUUAGACGCUGUGUUUGUUUUUCUCUCUCUGUAAACCACCAAAAAAUGAAUAAAAACGUUUUUGAACUAUUUUAACCAAAGUGCAUGUAUAAAAUAUAGAGCUAGAAAGAAUGUAUAACUGAGCUUGCUUUACAAAAACUAAAAGUGGUAACAUCCAAAUUAUGGUUGUUAAAGGGAUUCUCCGGUACUUUUGUAUACUUUUUAGCCAUUAGUUUUAAAAGUAGAGCUCAAGAUCCAAAAGUGGUCCCGGAAAUUGCGUACCAUGACACAUAUAUGCAGAUAUGUGCACAUGUCACUGCUCUCUCUCAUGCUCUGCUGUGUGUGCAUCAUGUGCCUCUUCUUAGCAGUCACAACUUUGGCGAGGGGCUGAAGCUCAUUGGUUGAUCUCAAAUAGCUAGGGGCUGGCUCACAUGGGAGAAAUGACAGGAAAAAUGGCAAAGCACAGCUUCAAGAAAAAGUUUAUUCAAACUAGGGAUUUCGUGGCUAAUUGAGGUAAGACAGUAAUUCUGAAGUACACAUUGACACAUCCAGCCCAAAGCGGGAGGUUUAAAAAAAGACUUAGUAGUUGCCAAUGUUCCGGAGCAUGUCUUUAACCAUUAAAAUGUUGGUUUGGUUAUUAUUUCUGUUUGUAAAAUGACAAGUUUCAAAAUUAUUUUUUUAUUUUCAACAAAGAUGGUGCUAUGUAUUUACCAUUCCUAUUACUGAUAGCCAUUUUGCAAUCAUUUACAGUCAAAUGACUUGACUUAUGCCAUGAAGUAACUAGGACGUCAGGGUGAGAAGUAGACUCCAUUGUAAUGUUCAUGUACCUAACUGCUUAUGUGUAUAGAGAAGGCUAUUCCAUUUCAUUUUGAGUUGUCUAAAUAAAAUCUUUGAAACAAUCAGUUUUGAUUGUUCGGCUACAAGGAGUAUUGGUGUUGGAGCGAUGUAGCAUUCGUUUAUUUUGUUGGAAUGCCAUUUGGAAUGUCAGUAUUAGAACAUCCUGCCAUUGUUCCAUUUGCAUUACUCAAACUGUUUUAGGAUGGAGAAUGUGAGCUAAAUAGCAUUAGCAGUGACUAAGUGUGGUCUUUUCUCUCUUUGUUGUAAGGCCAUGCCAUGUUGAUUUGUUGUGUUUGUGUUUAUAGCAUAUGUACGACCAGUAAACACACUAGAACCUGCCUCUUGGACGGAGUACUGUAACAACUAGUAGGGCAUUGCAGCCAUAUCCAAAUUGAUUUAAGUUUUUAUAUCUGAUAACAUUAUAGAGAUAUUUCAAUGUUAAAGAAGGUCAAGCUCUGAGGCAGCCUACUCAAACCUGAUCAAGGCAGAAUAGAGGACAUGACUUUUAGUAUUAGCUUUGUCAUGUGGGAGAAAAUGGACAGCGAGGUUUGCAUACAAAUGUUCUGUUUCACAUACUUGAAGUUUGACAAGCUGCAGUCUCUGUGGAAAACAUUGUUGAUAUCAUGUUAAUAAUAAUAUAUCCAUGACUAUCUAGUGUGCAGACUGAUUCAAUAAAACAAACCAAAAUGAAAACAGCUCCUACCUACGGGGAUUUCUAUAUAUUUCAGUACUCAUACUGUAUGUUGUGUAUUCUUCCUCAUCACAGGAUACAACUAACACUUACCCCAUUAGACCAAUAAAUUGUAUAAUGUUGAACUCUGUAACUAUUUAGCCAUUUACAGUGUUAAUAGCUAUGUUGUUUAAAAGUCUAAUGUCUGCCUUGAAGAAUUAUGGUAAACUACUGAAGAGAGGAAGUGAAAGGUACAGUACAUGAAAGAGUGUAAAGUGGAAUCCCUGCCAAUGUUAACUGUAUCUGGUUGGUCUUAAAUAACUGUGUGCUAUUAAAGAGAAUGCAAAUUC